CCCUGUGAGUGUGAGUGUGUGUGAGUGUGUGUGAGUGUGUGUAACGAUGCCCUUUCUGGGCCAGGACUGGCGCUCCCCCGGGCAGAGCUGGAUCAAGACGGACGAUGGUUGGAAAAGGUCCAGCGAUGAGACCAAUAACAACGUGGCUCAGCUGAGCAGUUUUUGUGAUGAAGAGGAAUACAAUAAGGAGAACCUUCUGAAAAACGUCAGCUACGAAGUGACAGCAAAGAAGCGAAAGAAGGAUCUUAUGAACAUCAACACAAAGAUUCAAUGCUUUCAUCAAGACAAGUGGAUCUAUGUUCAUAAAGGAAGCACAAAGGAGCGCCAUGGGUACUGCACCUUGGGUGAAGCUUUCAACCGUUUAGACUUCUCCAGUGCAAUUCAGGAUACCAGAAAAUUUAACUACGUUGUACGGCUUCUGGAGCUGAUAGCAAAGUCCCAGCUCACCUCCCUCAGUGGCAUUGCCCAGAAGAACUACAUGAACAUUCUGGAGAAAGUUGUACAGAAAGUGCUUGAAGACCAGCAGCAUAUCCGACUGAUUAAGGAGGUGUUGCACAGUCUGUAUACAUCCCUGUGUGCACUGGUCCAGGGAGUAGGGAAGUCUGUGCUGGUGGGAAAUAUUAAUAUCUGGGUUUACAGGAUGGAGGCCAUCCUGCACUGGCAGCAACAGUUGAACAAUAUUCAUAUCAGCAGGCCCACAUCCAAAGGAAUAACCCUCACAGACCUUCCAUUGUGUCUCCAGUUGGGCAUUAUGCAAAGAUUGUCCGAUGGAAGAGAUAUUGUCAGUCUUGGUCAGGUUGCACCAAGCCUCCAAGUGUUAAGUGAGGAUCGGCUUCUGUGGAAGAAACUGUGUCAUUAUCACUUCACGGAACGGCAGAUUCGCAAACGUCUGAUUUUAUCUGAAAAAGGCCACUUGGACUGGAAGAAAAUGUACUUUAAGCUGGGGAGGUGUUACCCAAAGAAAGAGCAAUACGCAGACACACUGCUCUUCUGCAGACAUUGCCACAUCCUCUGCUGGAAGGAUGUCCAGCACCCCUGCACGGCCAAUAAUCCCGAGGGCUCCUGCACAUUUAUUUCACCCCUUGACUUCAUCAGUCUCUUCAGGUUCUGAACAGGCUGACAUUCGGGACACUUCUGCAGAAGCAUUUCCUGCUUUGACACGAUGACAGAGCUACAUUUUUUUUAAAAAAUGAUGUUUUUUUGCUUACACAUGUAAAUAAUGUACAGUACUAUUUAUAUUUGACCUUUAUAGCAGAGCUAAAAUAGACACCUGGGCAAGUUUUUUUAGAAAGAAAAGAUCAAAAGAUGUAAAUAUAUUUGAGGAAGCUGCUGGGAUGUGGAACUGAAGAAGAAUGUGGAAGUGGGACAGAGGAAGAUGCUGAGAGUGGGACUGAGGAAGAACCUGGGAGUGGAGAUUUGUUGGGCGUUUGGUUGAAGAUAAACAUAUGUCUGUGGAGGAAGGCCAGGCUUGGACAUUCAGCGAGAAUUGAGAUUUCUCUUGAAGAUUGCAUAGAUUUUGACAGAUUGAGGGAUAUUGAUACCAUAGUAUUGGUGAUUGGGCACAGAGGCAGCCCAGCUGCAGAUUUUGACCAGCAUGAUCAUAAACACAACCAUAUAUGCAGUGACAGAACUCUUAACUGCACCAAUAAUACAUGCAUGUGCACAGAUUUCAGAUAGAUGGAAUUUGAUGGUUCUUAAACUUGUUAAAAGAACAACAAAAGUAACAUGACGUAUUAGUGUUUGUAUGUGCCUGAUGUGUGUAAUACUGUGAGAGUUGCUGAAUUUUAUUUUUGUUUAAAAAAAAUUGCCCUGAUUUUUCAACGUCUUGCUUUUGCAAUAAUUCCUUCUAUUUCAAACCAAUACAAUUAUCAGUGUGACUUGAAGUGACUGUUUCUUAUUUCAGUUGAAGCCACUGGUUCUGAGAUAGACAACCAAUCUUUGGCAUGGUGGUCUUUGGGCUUUGGAUUUGAGAUGGAGCUCAUUUAAAUUUACAAUACAAACCUGUGUCAACUCAAUUUAGGCAAUGUGCCUAAUUCAUUGCUUGGCACACUUUGUGUUUUCAAGCAUAUACAAAUGCAAUCCCAUUUCCCAGUAUUAUAUAAAUAUAUAAUAUAUAUUAUAUAUUUAUAUAUAAUAUAUAUUAUACAUAUAUUAAUUGAACAGUAUAUCUCUGGGUGAAUUAUAAGUUUGGCAGGGAUUGUGUUGUGUUUGAAUGAUGGCCAUGAGGAAUGGAAGAGGCAAGUGCUUUGUUAUUCGGUUGUGUUUAGGUCUAUCAUAAGUAAGAACUUCUUUUUGCAACUUGCAUCAUACGUUAUUUUGUCUGCAUUUUUAAAACUUUUUUUGCUAUGUAGAUGAUAUGUAAUCUUAGACUAGAGCAGUGUCAGGUUGAUAUAUUAUGAUGAAGGGAAAAAAGAUCUGUUUUCACAGGAAUCUAGAGAUUGUAUGAUAACUGCAUAAGGUACACUAAAGGUAGAGGUUAAAGGAGAUUGAGGUUAGAAUGAGGCUGUUCCAUACAGGAAUGUUCUGAUCGGUUUAUUGAAUAACACAAGUGUUCAGUGAUGGAGGAAUUUAAGUGUAUCAGGGAAUUGAUGUUGAAAGCAAUGCGGGCAUUCAGUUCGCACAAUUUUAAAUAUAGUGCACUCGCUUUUUAAUCAGAGCAGAAUUUUUACCACAUGGUUUACAUUUGAAAUAUUUUUNAUAACUUCUCUCUAGAUCAACACUGGUAUCGUGCAGCAUCAUGCGUACAUUAACUUCUAAUAUUUGACAAUUUCUGACAGGAUUGCUUUAUAAUAAUCCAAAUCGGGAUUCCUGAUGUUGCAUCUGUAUCCUGACAGUAAACCACAGAGUGGUACAGAAAUCUGUGGUCAGCGUUGCGUUUGAGCAAGCAAGGUCUUCCAAUAAGACUUAACUCCUUAUAGGGGUAAGGAGUUAGAUUAGAGUAAAAAUUCAAACAAGUUUUUUUUAUAUAUAACUUUUGUUUUGAUAAUAUUAAAAUGUUAGAUUUCUUUGAUCUGUUGCAGUUAUGCAAGUGAUUUUUUUUCUUAAAAAGUGGUAAUCUGUGAACAAAAAGAGAACUAUCUGAGUAAUGGGCUAAAAUUGGGUCUUUUAUUGUUUUAAAUUUGUUUUCUACACAGCAAGCCUGUUCUACGCGGCUAGCCUAUUCUGAGUGAAUGUGCGUGUGUGUUUUUUAUAUAAUACUUUGCUGUUUCAACCAAGACAGUGCCUAAUCGCUGCAGCUCUGCUUUAGCUCUGGAGCUGCAAGGUGCAUCUCUGAAUAUGAAAUCUUCCUGUGUUCCUUGAAUCUCAGGACCUGCUGUAUGCCUAAACUUCUGGUGCAAUAUGAAGUGUCCCUGCAUGUAAAAAUGUGUUGUUUUUGAUAUCUGCUUGGACAUUAUGCUGCAAAUUCUGAGCAUUUGUACUAUAAUGGAAUUAUCCUUCUGUUGUAAGAUACUGUACUUUUUUGUAAAUUUUUAAUUGCCAUCUUUUUAUUAAAUGAUAUCCUUGCUUUAAA